UAUAUUCGAUUUAUAACUAGGAGACAACAGGUAGGACGAGCGACGCGGUGGAGGCGGGGAAAUGAGUUUUACACGUUAAAUGCAGCGUAAUCGGCUUCAUCAGAGGAAUAAUAAGGUUGUGUGAAGGGAUUGUGAGGACUCUGGAAGAUGCUGUGCUAUGAGAGUGAGGUGGAGGACGAGCGUCAGGGUGCCGUAAGAAUACGGAGAUGCACCGAUAUCUUCUGGUUGUGUUUGUUCAUUAUUUUUUGGUUUGCUAUGAUUAUGAUCGCGGCUUUUGCUCUUGUAUAUGGAAACCCUCUUAGGCUGAUCAAUGGGUAUGACAGUUUUGGGAACACUUGUGGUACCCAAAAUAAUCCAAAAUUCGGGGAUAUGGAAUUGUCUGGCCAAGACACAAGUGACAAACCUUAUUUAUUUUUCCUGGACGUGAAGGACCUGCACCAAUCCCUAAAAAUUUGUGUGAAGAAAUGCCCAGACAGGACGAUGAAUUACACGAGCGAGGUCUGUCAAUUCUAUAAAAGGACGGGCUCCCAGCUAUGCCACGACAGACCAGAAAUUGGUUUUACCGCCUGUUCAGACAAUGGAAAUCACAACAAAACUGAAUACUGUCCCAGGCUGCCCGUCCAUGAGAGCAUACCAAUCUUGAAUCGUUGCGUCCCCAAAGCAGCUAAGGAGAUACCCUCGAGUCUGGUGUACAAUUUGUACAGUUUGCUUAACUCCUGGGACAUCUUCGAGCAAAUCCUAGGGGAUCUCUAUAAAACGUGGAGGGAAAUAUUGGCUCUGUCCUUCCUGGCUUUUGUCUUAUCUCUCUUGAUGAUUGCCAUUUUUCACCUGCUCGCUAGUAUUGUUACCUGGGUGGUAAUGAUUUUGGUGAGUGUUGCUUGUGUUAGUGGGACUGGACUCCUAUGGUGGACGUACGCAGGAAUAAAAUCCACCCUGGACGAAACCGAUCCCAAUCAAUUGCUCGAGGAAUCAGCGAGGAAUGAAAGGGCAUUCCUCGCCUUCGCCAUUAUUGCUACAAUUAUAACGGUUGUUCUCCUGUUUAUUGUCAUAUUCCUCCGCAAUAGAAUAGCUUUCAUGACAGAACUCUUCAGGGAGAGCGCCACGUGCCUCGCUGAACUACCCGGACUGUUCGUCCAACCAUUUUUAACUUUUAUUGCUCUCAUAAUGUUCUACGCCUUUUGGAUUACUAUUGUUUUGAGUCUCGCGACAGCCAAUUAUCCCGGAGAAAAAUCCGUCCAGAUGUUGAACUCUUCUGGAAACAUUCAGCUGUUGAACUCUAGAAUCGACAAGGAAGCACUGAUCGGCCAGCAAAAACUUGAUUUGCCAAUCACUCGGUUCAAAAAACUGACUCUUGUUGAGUACGUUGAUGCGACGUGGGUGAAGUACAUGUGGUGGGUGUACAUUAUUGGAUUCGUCUGGAUAUCUGAGUUCAUAACGGCUUGUCAGGAGCUGGUAAUUGCUGGAGCUGUUGCUCAUUGGUAUUUUAGAGGCAAGGAUGCUAAUACCUCACCAGUGUGUUCGGCAAUUGGAAAGCUUGUGAGCUAUCACCUGGGAUCAGUGGCUUGUGGUUCCCUCUUAAUCACGAUCUUCAAAGUACCCAGGCUUAUCCUCACGUACAUUCACCGAAAAAUGGAGACCUCAAGGGAGAGCUCCUCCUGUGCCCAAUGUGGCCUCAAAUCCUGCAGCUGUUGCUUCUACUGCUUCGAGAAUUUCAUUCGUUUUCUGAAUCACAAUGCCUACACAGUAGUUGCCAUCGAAGGCACCAGCUUCUGCAAAUCCUCCAAGAUCGCCUUCUCGACGCUCUCCAGCAAUGCCCUACAGUUGGCAGUCGUCAAUGGAGUUGGUGACUUCAUCCUCUUCCUCGGGAAAUGUUUCGUCACCGCAACCACUGGAUCCAUUGCUCUCCUCUUCAUGCGACAUGAUUCCAAACUCCAUUUCUACGCUGCUCCCAUAUUCAUAGUGUGUCUUUUUUCAUUUUUCAUCGCUCACUGCGUCAUUUCACUAUUUGAAAUUGUUAUCGACACACUUUUCCUCUGCGUCUGUGAGGAUCAAAACCUCAAUGGGGAGAAUGGCAGGUGGAGACAGUCCACUUUCGCACAAAUCGGGAGGAAAAAUAUAAGUAUUAAUGGGCAACAUGAGCUCUCUCCCAUGAAUCAAUAGAAUUCGAUGGACGAGAUAAGUGUAACAAACAUUCUAUAGACAAUCAUACUUUUUGAAAAAUUCUCCUCAAUUUUCGAGGAAAUUUUUUUGUUUGAAACAUUAGAAAUUUUACAAAGCAUCGAUGACAUUUAUCGAUUUUUAAAAAGUAAAUGAAACUUCCCACAGAAAUUCAAUAGAAUUUCUUACUGAAGCGUAGGAGUCUUGCUAUUAAUUCGAAAGAGUGAAAAUAUUCCUAAUUCAGGUAGCCAUUUUCAUGAAUUUCCAAUCAAUUGAAGACUCAACUAAGUUUAAUUUUCGUUUCCAACGUCAAUCGUAUUUUUAUGAAUGCGCAAUGGGGAAUUCAAGCUCCUCUGUCACUGGCAAUGAAUAAAAAAAAAAAAAUAGCAGUAUACUGAAAUGAUAAUUUUUAGUAUUUUAUCGUAACAAAAUUUAAUAUUUUGAUAUGAAAGAGUUAUCUGUUCGAUGCAAUCGCAGAGGGAUUAUUUUUAUACGGGAAUACGAUUAGAAUCGAUUGUACAAAUUACAAAGUUGAUGACCUUUACCGUGCAAUACCGGGUAUAUUUUUGUAAUUUUCAACUUUUUUUCCUGCAAAAAUGUCGGAAUUCAACACAAUUUUGCUUAUUAGUAUUACUGGAAACAUUACGAGGAACUCGUAAGAUUCUUUGUGCCUUAAACGAGUGCCUCAAUCACUUCGUGCAACUAGCUAUAAACACUAAUGAUCAUAUUUUUUAUAUGUAUUUUUUUACUAUGAUUAUAAGUCACAAAUUACAGCAAUUGUCGAUUUUUACUUUUAAUGAUUAACCUUUGUAUCACUGGAUGACCUACGAAAUAGUAUUUACCUACAUGUCUUUCAAUAAAACGAAAAAAAAUUUAA